AUGUCAAAAAGACCAUCUUAUGCCUCACUUCCCACCCCAGCUACUGCAACACAAAUGCCCAGCACACCAGGGUUUGUGGGAUACAAUCCAUACAGUCAUCUCGCCUACAACAACUACAAGCUGGGGGGGAACCCGGGCACCAACAGCCGGGUCACGGCAUCCUCUGGUAUUACGAUUCCAAAACCCCCAAAGCCACCAGAUAAGCCUCUGAUGCCCUACAUGAGGUACAGCAGAAAGGUCUGGGACCAAGUAAAAGCUUCCAACCCCGACCUAAAGUUGUGGGAGAUUGGCAAGAUUAUUGGUGGCAUGUGGCGAGAUCUCACUGAUGAAGAAAAACAAGAAUAUUUAAAUGAAUCCGAAGCAGAAAAGAUAGCGUACAAUGAAUCUAUGAAGGCCUAUCAUAAUUCACCAGCAUACCUUACUUACAUAAAUGCAAAAAGUAGUGCAGAAGCUGCUUUAGAGGAAGAAAGUCAACAGAGACAGUCACGCAUGGAGAAAGGAGAACCUUACAUGAGCAUUCAGCCUGCUGAAGAUCCAGAUGAUUAUGAUGAUGGCUUUUCAGUGAAGCAUACAGCCACCGCCCGUUUCCAGAGAAACCACCGCCUCAUCAGUGAAAUCCUUAGUGAGAGUGUGGUGCCAGACGUUUGGUCAGUUGUUACAACAGCUAGAAUGCAGGUCCUCAAACGACAGGUCCAGUCCUUAAUGGUUCACCAGCGAAAACUAGAAGCUGAACUUCUUCAAAUAGAGGAAAGACACCAGGAAAAGAAGAGGAAAUUCCUGGAAAGCACAGAUUCAUUUAACAAUGAACUUAAAAGGUUGUGCGGUCUGAAAGUGGAAGUGGAUAUGGAAAAAAUUGCCGCCGAAAUUGCACAGGCAGAGGAACAGGCUCGCAAAAGGCAGGAGGAAAGAGAGAAAGAGGCAGCGGAGCAAGCCGAACACAGUCAGAGCAGCAUGGUUCCUGAGGAAGAGCAAGCUGCCAGUAAGGCUGAGGACAAGAAGGACGACAAGAGCGUCCCGAUGGAGACAGAGGAGACACACCUCGAGGAAGCGACGGAGAGCCAGAAUGGUGAGGAAGGCACAUCUACUCCUGAGGAUAAGGAGAGCGGGCAAGAGGGGGUGGACAGUAUGGCUGAGGAAGGGACCAGCGAGAGUAACACUGGCUCAGAGAGCAACAGUGCAACCGUAGAGGAAGCGCCAACAGACCCCACAUCGGAAGACGAGAAGAAAGAAUAA